CUCACGCUGCGAACACACGCGACGAUGCGCGGUGACCGCGCCGCUCGUGACACGCGACACAAUAAGGACCAUGAAAACUUAAAGUCGUCGCUCAAAAAAGGGACGAAGACUAAAAAGCACAGGGUCAUCUUCGACGAGAGCGCGAAUGAAUUUUUCGAGGCAGAUUACAUUAUUGUCGUUCGAGAUGAGUGCGGGUACUCCGACGAGGGAGAGACCGAGGAGUGCUCGGGGUGCGGAGCCUGCGAGCGGUUCCAGGAGCCGGAGCCGGGCGCGCUCAGCCCUCCGGAGGGCUACAAAGAUUUGGGGCUUUUCAAUCGCGAUGGGACUUUGCGAGAGCAAGCGUGGUGGGACGCAGGUGACGUGAUGCUGGUGGGGGAGCGAUCGGGUACGGUGUUCACGCCGCAGCACCUGCAGCUACUGCGCCGGCUGCAGCGCGAGAGAAUGCUGCGGUCGGCGGUCUGUGCAGAUUGCGACGCACACCCCACGAUCCGCCAGCCACUCGAUCUGGAGUACAAUUACGAAGAAGAAGACAACAGUGAUGUGGACAGAGAGCUGCGUCCCGUAGCACGUCGAACGGGCAAGCACAUCGCCGCCGGCGAAGAGCGACCGCGUAUUAACUCUAGUCAACAGACCACACCCAUUGAAGAAAACUCACUGGAUGUAGCCAUAGAAGAAAUACCAAACGAGUUACCGACUACAGCACAAAUAACAAGUGAAGAAAGUGAUACGGCUGAAAUCGACGAGCGAAUAUCGUGUGACAGCUCACCCCUACGGCAAAGGAGGGCAGGCAUAUUGAAGGGGGGGAGACUAUGGAAAUCUUUGGACAACGACAAGGAAGUGAGUGAACAGAACGACGAUCAACAUUCCACGACAGCGGCCAGCGACGACGACGGGUCGGUUACGCCAAGAUCGGUGCGAUUCGUCGAAAAACCCAAAGAAUGUGAAGAGGAAUCCACAGAAAAGGAAACAGAGCAACCACCGUUAUCUGAUUCAGAGCAGAGUUAUCACAGGGAUUACGGCAUUAAUAAUUCUGGUCAUAGGUUAGAAACGCCUCUUAUUCUGACAAUAAGUACACCUAAGGCGAAUUCGGCAGUUCAACAAUUAUUCAACAGUAGCAGACCCCCACCUCCUGCAAUUGAACCACAAUUAGUCACUUCAGAAACUCUCAGGGCUUGGGAUGCUGGGGUCCGACCGAAAACCGAAGAAGCGGCUGUAAGACGAGUAGCUGAAAGAAAUGCGUUAAGGUGUUCACUCCUUAGAAGCGAAGCCCGAAAAAAGCAGCAGCCAAAGCAAGAGACAACGUCUCUAUCUGAACGGAUAAGGCUCCUAACUUGCGAUGUAGAAGAUGAGGAGCAGCAAGAGGACCAACGAUCAUCACCUUCGGGCGCAAGUAUCGAGAAGUUUUUAACCAGCAGUGACAAAUCGAGCGACAAGUCUUACAACAGUAUCGACAAAAACAAUGAAAAAGCCUUUGGAAGUGCGUCUUCAAGUUCGUCGUCGUCAACGUUAUCGGCGCCCGUGCUGACGCGCCAGCAACCUCCGGACUUAGGAGAUGUCCAUCAAGAACCACAAAAGAUAAGGCCGGAGCCUCGACGACAGUUCUUGUCUACCCUGGCACCUUUAACAGCAUGUGUAGGCAACGCCGCUCAUUAUGAAGGCUUCUACUACGUGGCGCCUGGCGACCGGACCUCUGCAUCAUCGGCUACUAACAUCGACUUCCAAGAGCACAAUGAAGCACCGGCACCUGACGUCGUCGCGGGGACACCCGGUCCAGCUGAAAGCGACGACAGUCUGGCGGCGUUUGCUCGCGCUUCCGCCCCACGGACGGAAAGGCUUCGACAACGGUACGGCCAGGACUCCCAACCAGUUAGCAGUGACGACGAACAUGAUGAUUAUGGUUUCCAUCGCCGGCCCGCUGUCAGAGGAAUAGCGGUGAAACAACAGCUCGGAGCGUCGGAUGACAUUCUUCAGCAGAUGCAAAAUGAGUUGCAGCCGACCACCACGCCCAGUACAACUGCCCAAAUGCCAGUCCACGCUUGUCAACGCACCAACAACUCCAACUAUUCCUGGCCAUAUUAUUCUGAAGCUAACCUCAAUUCAAGGCCACAGAGUAGGAACAGCGGCGUCUCUAAAUGCAGCACACCGGUCUCGCAGCACAGCGACGCGUGCUACGCGCACGCGCAGUCCUUGGCCACGUACCAUUACCAGCGCCAGCAGGACACUAAUAAUAUGUACCGAAACUGCACUCUCUACGCUAAUGUUGGGUGUUCGGACAGCAGUCAAGAGUUAUACAGUUCCCAAACGAGUUCGGAACAAACUUCCCCGGUGCGUUCAGCUCGGUGUAGGAGGCCGGAGUCUCCGCCCCCUAUUCGCAGCCACCACCAACUGCUCUACGUGCCGUAUAGCAACCACUACCACUAUCAGCAAGACUACGCGCAGAGUUGGACGGGCAAUGACUACAAUCGCAUGCAUCCAUAUUACCAACAGCAGCAAUCGAUCAGCGGGGCAAGCACGCCGCAGCCGGCCGCAGUGCCACAGCGAGCGCAUUACUCGCACGCCUUGCAUUUACAGACGCUGUGUCCCGCACCCGCUAGAUACCGCCCCGUUCCUGCACCGCAGCCAGGUGGUGGGAAACAGAUGAUCUGCUAUUCUGAAAAAGUUGCAGCGCCCUUAUACCAGCCGGCCCCGGGCUCCCCUUCUCGCACAGCGAGGGGAGCUCCAGAAGGGGCAGCUACAGCCACCUCGCCCAUGACUGCCCCUCAGAAUCCCGUAUACUACGCCAUGAAUGUCUGACGCGGGGACUAGGUGAAAAUUGUAGUAGGCCCCGACGCGGUGCGAAUUAGCGUCCAACCUCCAGCCGAAGCAGUGGACAGUUCAUGAUGAAACAUUGCCAUGUAUAAUUUACUGUCCAUACUUUACAAAUACAAGCAAAAGCCGGCUGGACAUGAUUAUUCGAAGUAAGCUCGAAUAGUUUCGAACCCAUCCGGGGUCGCCAGAUAAAGGUUUUUGUUUGAAUUCAUAAUGAAUAUCACUCUCGAUAGCUUAAAUGCUAAAAUGUCCAUACUUUGAUUCAAUAUAUUAUAAAGAAUGAUAAGUCAAUAAGCAUUGACAUUGGUGCUCAUUUGGUUGUACCUACCUACCUGCUCAACAGAUAUCAGAUUCAAAUGUAGUACCAUAUUCCUAAUUUCUCUAGAAAAGAUGGCUCUACAUUUAGGCCUGCCAUUUUACUUUAGAGAUUGUGCCACU